UUUCCUCAGAGUGGGGGAAUGGCACAUUCACACUUCAUCUUUCUUUCUUACUUUUGUCUGUGGUAUUGGGGAGUGAACUUAGGGCCUUCCCACUGAGCUACAUCCCAAGCUCUAUUUAAUUUUUUAUUAUUUUGAGACAGAGUCUCGCUAAGUCACUAAGUUACCCAGGCUGGGCUUAAACUUUUGAUCCUCCUGCUUCAGCCUCCCCCAGUGCCGGGAUCGCAGAACAUCUCUGCAGCAGUGACAAAGCCCUCUCCCCACUGGCGACAGAGCCCACACCUCACAUCUGUUCGAGGAGCAAAAGGAAGAUAGUCAGGCUCAGAGGUUCAGGCCCUCGCCUGCCUCAGCAAGGCCACAAUGAAGGCAGGACUAUGUUCCAGGCUCCUGCUCCUGCUGCUGCCCAUGGUGGUCUCUCAAGGAAAGGAAGUGGUUCUGGGCAAAGAAGGAGGCACAGUGGAGCUGCCCUGCAUGGUGCCGGAGAAGCAGAAGAUGGACUUCAGCUGGAAAUUUCCCAACGAGCUCAAGAUUCUGGGAACCCAGAGAACCUACCUGACUCGAGGGAAAACCCAUCUGAGGGACCGCAUUAACUCUAGAAGUAGCCAGUGGGAUCAGGGGUCCUUUCCGCUAAUCAUCCAGAAGCUGGAGGUGAAAGACUCGGGAACCUACAUCUGUGAUGUGGCUGCAAAGAAGAUGGUGGUGGAGCUGCUGGUGUUCAGAUUGAUCGCCAGCUCGGGCACUCGCCUGCUGCAGGGGCAGACCCUGACCCUGGCCUUGGAGGGCCCCCCAGGUAGCAACCCAUCGGUGCAGUUCACUGGCCCGAGCGGUCAAGUCACCAGUGGGAAAAAGGCCAUCUCAGUGCCCAAGCUGGGGUUCCAGGACAGCGGCACUUGGAAAUGCACCGUCUCCCAGGACCAGAAGCAGCUCCAGUGGGACAUAAAUGUCUUGGUGCUGGGUUUUCUGAAGUCACCCAGAACGGCCUACAAGAAGGAGGGGGAGGCGCUGGAGCUGUCCUUCCCACUGACCUUCGACGACGAAGCCCACCUCGGGGAGCUGAGCUGGCGGGCGGAUAGGGCUUCCUCCUCUCAGGUCUGGAUCAGCUUCUCCGUGGAGAACAGGAAGGUGUCGGUACAAAUGGCUGCCCUGGACCCCCAGCUCCAGAUGGCAGAGAAGACCCCGCUGCGCCUCAUCCUGUCCGAAGCCCUGCUGCAGCAUGCUGGCUCCGGAAACCUGACUCUGACCCUGGCCGGGGACCUGAAGCUGCACCAGGAAGUGAACCUGGUGGUGAUGAGGGUGUCUCAGCACCAGAACUCUCUGGUCUGUGAGGUGCUGGGGCCCACCUCCCCCACCCUGGAGCUGAGUUGGAAGCUGAGCAACCAGAAGCCCCAGGUCUCCGCCAAGAAGAAGCAGGUUCAGGUGUCUUCUCCUGAGACAGGGACAUGGUGGUGUCUCCUGAGGGACGGCAACAAGGUCCUGCUGGAAUCCGAGGUCGAAGUUGUGUCCGCAGGGCUGCACCAGGACCAGUCGACGCUCCUGGCUGUUGUGCUGGGCAGCACCACAGGUUUUGUGCUCCUCACUGGGCUCUGCAUCUUCUGCUGUGUCAGAUGCAGGCACCGGCAGCGCCGGGCAGCACGGAUGUCUCAGAUCAAGAGGCUCCUCAGUGAGAAGAAGACCUGCCAGUGUCCCCACCGGCUGCAGAAGACUCGGAAUAUCACUUGAGGCCUUGAGGUGUCCCCCGCUGUCUGCCCUGUGUCUCCUGUGGGGCGUGCUGACAAGAUGAAUGUAGCAGAGCCCAGUGCCUCUGGCCCCCUUCUCUUCUCCUGCUCCACCAUCGCCACUGUUGCUCCUCUGCUCGCAGCCUGACUGAGAGCUUAAGCACACCGUUCAUUCUCAGCAGCUUCUCCCAUUUCCCUCUCCCUGAGCCCUGAGCCUCUCCCCAGAGUCCACACAGUGACCAGGCCCCACCGCUCCCCUGGAAACACAGCAGGGGCCUCUCAGUUUGUAGGACAGGACCCUGUGACCAGAGAGAGCAGGGACCUGCCGAAGGUCAUACAGCCAGUCAAGGACAGAGGCAGACCGAAGGCCCCUGAGGCCAGCCCCGCUGCCCCAUGCUGUCUGCUGUCACCCUGUGUUGGCAGGACCACCACCUGCCAUCCUGACCAAUGCACAGCAGGCCCCAUGAACACACACCCACGUACGCAGCCACAUACUUGCCCUUGUGCACAAUUUCUUAUCACCUCAGCAGCGUAGCUGUUUAUAAACCAGUUCACAUCCUCUGUCUAUUUUGUCCUUUAUGAAAAUCCUAGCCAGGCAUGGUGGCGCACACCUAUGGUCCCCAUACCUGGGAGGCUGAGACAGGAGUAUCGCUGUGAGCUCAAGGCCAGCCUGAAGUACAUAGUAAGACCCUGUCUUGGGCUGGGGAUUUAGCUCAGUGGUUCUGCCUCCUGCCUCCCAAGCGCAAGGACCAGAGUUCGAUCCCUGGUACCAAAAAAAAAAAAGACCCUGUCUUAAAAAACAAAACAAUCCUACAAGGCUGGUGGUGACAGGACCAAGAUUAUCAUCUCUAGUUUAUGAACUAGAACUGGAAUGCAGAGAAGCUGGAUGUCUAGCUGGGGUCACACAGACAGCCAGGGCUGGAGUUGGGGUGAAUCCAGGUGCUCUGACCCCGACGGCUGCCUGCCCACACAGGGACAAGCACCACGCAGGUGUCUGCAGGAUUGGUUACCGGUGCCCAGGACACCCCGGGUCCACAGCAGCACCCAGCCCCGCUGGUGGGGGCUGUCCCUGAGGAGUUCGGGGGCCUCCUUACCCUGAACCCCUCCUUCACCCCUGCUGUGGGCAGUGCAGGAAGCCUUCAGUGCUCUCCAGGCACAGGCUGGGAGCAGAGCCCGGGGGAGAAUCUCAGGGAGCCACUCUCCCUGCAGAACCUUCUGAAAGGUGAGCUUGGCCAGGAAGUUAGCCUGGGGCCGAGCCCUAUGAGGGGACCCCAUAAAGGUCCCAGUCCCCAGCCCUACAACCUCCACCCUCCCCAAAGCCUUCAGGACGCUGGGAAAUCUCAGGAACAGGGAAAUUGAGGUUGUCUUCCUCCUCUUCUUGGUCCAUUUCCUUCAGGAUCCCCAGCCACUUCUGCCUCUCUCGUUCUUCCCUUUCUUACCACCCCCCUCAGGCCCGCCUGCUCCCCACUUUUCCUUUGACCCCUUUCUUCCCAACUUGGCUCUUCCAGAAAGACCAUCCAAGUGCUGCCAGCUCCGCCGCCUGCUUCCUUGGGCUAAAGGAAAAGUAUAAUAAACGUCCUAUGAAGAUGC